AUGAUUGGGAAAAAUGCCAAGAAGAGGAGUUACAACAAAGAUUGCAAGUGGGAGCAAGCUGUUCAGGUGCGAGAUAAUGUGUUGGGAUCAUUAUGGAGGAACCUUAGUCCACCAAAGGUGGAAAUUUUCUCCUGGUUGGCUCUACAAGGUAGGUUAGUUACUAGAUCUAUUCUUGCUAGCAGAAAUGUGAUUCCAGAGGGUCAAACGCUUCUCUGCCAGUUUUGCUCUUUGUAUGAGGAAACACCGGAGCAUCUCCUUUUGCAUUGUUCGUUUUCUUGGAACAUUUGGUCGAUAAUUAUGCAAUGGUGGAAGUUGGAAUGGGUAUGUCCCCCUUCUCUGGCAGUCUUAGCUACUUGGGGGUUUGGCAACAGGUUUCGAAAUUUGGAACGGCACAUUUGGGAGGUGACUUUCUUUGGUACUUUGUGGUCUUUGUGGCUUGCGAGGAAUGACCUCAUGUUCAACAAUCUAUCAAGGUCUGCGAGUGAGGUAGGGGAUCUAGUCAAGACAAGGGUGGCUAUGUGGAUGAAAACUAAGUUCGACAUCAAGAUGUACUCGGUGGAGGAGUUUAAGAGCUUUCUAGGUGGAAUCCGUACACUAAAGCUCUAA